AAUUUCAAUCGAGUGAGGUAGAUGGUUUCCUCUUUGACGCUUUAAGAAAACUUUGCGUGAAGGUGCACUCUCUCUGAUACCGACACCCCACUAAGCAAAGGGAGCUGUGCGCCGUGGAUGAAUCUGCAGGUUUUUUAGUGCCACAUCAUAGAAUAUCUCCAUCAGCGAAGACUGCGGUGGGAAAUGUAAAAACACCGCGGAUUUCAAUCAAAGAUGGGGUCUAUUAAUAUCAUGGAUGCUUUGGUUGCAAUAUGUUUGGCCUUAUGUGGAUUGUCGCUCGGACAAGAUCCAAACAGUCGAGAAUGUGUUACAGCCAAGCCCUGCAUUUGUUCUGGAACAAGAGUUAUUUGCAAGAAUCGUCAACUUCGGUCAAUGCCUUUGGGGAUUCCUUUGCAAACGACCUCAUUGGAUCUGAGUUCUAAUCAGCUGGUGACCUUGAAUAUUACACAGCUUUCAAGAUUAUCAAACCUUCAAGAGCUUCUUCUUCAUGAAAAUCGGCUCAGAGAAGUUCCACCAUGGCAGGCUCUACCCUCUUCCCUGAUUCGCUUGUCUUUGCAUCACAACAAGAUAACUUCAAUUCCAUCUCAAAAUGUCACAAAGAAACUAUCUUUACAAUAUCUGUUACUGAGCAGUAAUAGAAUCUCUCACAUUGGACAAAAUGCCUUUGCUAAUCUCACCUCAGUGCAGUCAUUAAAACUGAGCCGAAAUAGGCUGAGGUCCAUUCCUGUUCAGGCCUUGAGUCAGUUAACCUCAUUAAAAAAAUUAGACCUCACGAAAAAUUGGAUCAAUGUUGUCAUGGAUCCUUUGAAAAGUUUAAAGUCUGUAGCCAUACUAAAGCUUUCAAAGAAUAAAAUCCACACCAUUUCUGAUCAUGCACUCUGGGAAAUGAGCAAUCUGAGGGAAUUGUACCUGGACAACAACAAUUUAACAUUUGUGUCCACAUUGUGGUUUAUUGGGAAUCUUAACGUUCAUAAACUCUAUCUCAAUAACAAUCGCAUCAGCAAGAUUGAUAAAAGCCCUCAUUUUGACUGGAGAGCAUUACUACGUUUGAGGGAACUGAAUCUGGCCCAGAAUGAAUUGUCCUACAUUCAAAAGGACACAUUUGCCCGUCUUUUUACCCUACAGAGACUAGAUCUUGGCAAUAACCAGAUUUACCAUGUGGAAAAUAAGGCAUUCUCUGACUUACGCUCACUGGAUGUGUUGGAUCUUAGCAACAAUGCUCUGUCAUCUAUUCUGAAAGGGACAGAGAGUGCAUUUGAAGGACUUGAAAAGUUGGUUCUGCUGAGGCUUGAUGGAAAUCGUAUACCUUGGAUAGCUGCAAAUGCUUUCUCUGGACUUACAUCAGUCCAAAGCUUGAACCUCUCUGCUAAUAUCAUAGCAUAUAUCGAGGAGAAUGCUUUCUUGGAAGUUCAUGCUCUACAAUUUCUAUAUUUGAACACCACAUACCUUCUUUGUAACUGUGACCUCAGCUGGCUGCCUGGAUGGAUUGAAAUGAAAGAAGAAGAAACAGAGGGAUUCAAAUCAAAUAUACAUGCUGUCUGCCAACACCCUAGACCAGUACAAAGAAGAAGCAUUUUCAACCUCAGCUCAUCUGAAUUUGUUUGUGACAAGAAUGACCACAAGCCAGAGAUAACAACACAUCCAAAAGGACGCAAGAUUCUGUUUGGUCAGAAUGUUACAUUAAAGUGUGUGGUCAGGCAGAGGAAUCACACAAUAAAUGUUAACUGGACAAAGAACAACAAGCCUCUUGAAGGGGCCGUCAUCACAAGCCAUGCUCAGACCAGUGUUGGCGACAUGGUCACUUACAUCAGUGAGCUUCGUUUGGUAUCAGUGACAAACAAGGAUAGUGGCAAUUAUCAAUGUGUGGUGACAAGCUAUUUCACACCUAUUCAGUCAAAGAUAGUUCAGAUCACAGUACUAGUAUUCCCCAAGAUCACAGAGAAGCCUAGGGACUUGUAUGUUAAAGCAGGUGAAGAUUUUGAGCUACAUUGUCAAGCUGAGGGUUACCCAGAGCCGCAGGUAUCCUGGGAGAAAGAUGGUGGUUCAAACUUUCCAGCAGCAAGUGACAAGCGCAUGGAUUACUCGUCUGAGAAGAAAGUGUUUGUGUUUAAGAAUGCAACACCAGUGGAUUCUGGAGAAUACACCUGCAAGGCAACAAAUGAUGCUGGGUCUGCUAGUGCAUCAGCCCUUGUUACUGUCUUAGGUGAUUGGUACUCAAAUGCUUUCCAGGUUUAUAAGUCUCUCUGUUGUUUUGCAGAAAAAUGCGCGAGUGAUGUCAAUCCUGAUAAGACGAACAAAUCAAAGUACGUGAAGUACGAUAAGAAAACAUUUCUUGGAAUCAUUGUUGUGGUGGUGGUGUCCUGCAUUGUGGUCACAUCAAUGGUGUGGCUGUUCAUUCAAUACAAUACUCUUUCCUGCGGAAAGAAGGCAUCUCCAAGAAGACGUUCACAGCACGUGUCGCAUUUUGAAGCGGAGCUAUGUGACGAGGCGAAUGCGAAGGCUUUUCAACACGAGGGUAUUAGCUACAUUCCUUUAAAAUCGUCCAGUUCAAGUAGCACUCAAAACAGUCGCGAGUCGCCAAGAUCAACGGCUACGUUUAUUACUUCAUCCGAGUCGGCGCAAGGCCCGUGUAUGAAUCUCGCGUCGAGCUCGGAAAACGCUUCGGGUUCCGAAGAGAAGUCGUCUACAGGCGAUAAUGUCUCAUCGGAGAACUCGCUAAAGGGUAGUCAUAGCUCUCUCGCAUCGUCAUGUCCUUCGGAUGCUUGUCUUCCCAGUUAUCAACAAGUGGUGACUUCAGUACAAAUUCAUGUUUCUGAUAGUGACUCUGAGAAGCAUAGACCGUGUAAUACACGGAAUAAACUUCAAACUGAAGAUCCAGCCGAAGGAGCUGGACAACAAAAUCUAGAAAUUCCUGGAUAUUACCAUGAACAGACUACAUUGCUUCAGAGAACAUUGAGAACUAAUGACGACAAAGAUUCGUUGCCAGAAGAUGUAAACAAAGAUGUUUGCGUGACAGUAUAUCCUCUUACGGAAACAGAUACGUCUUGCGUGACAGAUGGCGUAGGCUGUUCAGAAACGUAGCAUUAGUCAUUUUUAUAAUAUGAUAAUUUAUUGUUACUAAUAUUAUUGUAUAAAUAUAUAUAGUCGUGACAUAACCAUGCGUCAGCCAGGCGACGGUUUUUUAUGUGUCGGAGGACAUAUUCAAGCUUUGUUCUCCGACAACUGUGAAGAUCCCUUUAUCGUUCGUGUAAGUGACAAGGUCCAUUUGCCCCUAACUAAAUAAAAAAUUAACUGUAAAAACUUAAUCAGAAAUCCUCUCGCAAGGUGAGGCAAUAUUUGUCGAGACUCUCGUCAACUCUCUUCUAAAGCUUUCUUUCAUUUGCAUGUUGUUAACAUUCGUCGUCUGUUACAGUCCAACCAAAAGCCGAAUCUAUAAUGUAACUUUUCCUUGGUGAAUUCUCCUGGCAAGCUCAAAUUAAGCAGCAUGUAAUCGGCAUAGAGUACUUAAGAACAACACUCAAUAGGGAAAGUGUGAUGGAAUGAAAUGUCUCCUGAACCAUU